AUGUCAAUGACCAUACCAUUUGUUGUCAAUAGUGCACUCUCCACUGAAAAUCCAGAGCUCACCGUCAUCAAUAAGAACCAUCCUCGAUAUGACAAUGCUGUGAGAUCAUUAGCAGACAAGUCUGUCCUUCAUGUACACAAGGCUGUUUUCUACAAUGUUCCAGUACAAGUCAAACCCUGUCAAGAAGUCUUCUGUGCGACACAUGGGGCUUACAUUGGUGUAGUGGCAGGCUGGGAGAAUACACUUAACUGCAUUCUCAGUGUCCCUGGCGCUGUUCACUUUCACGUUGAUUCCAUCGCAAUUGGGGAGGAGAAAAUCAGAAAUGCAAUUGAUGAAGGAUGUAUUGAAAUGGUGGAGCCCUGGGCGACCCCAGACUUGUACAAGUAG